AAAUAUAUAAAUAUGUCCCUUUUUUAUCUCAUUUCUUCGGGGGUUUCAUCUUUCACUAUCAAUAUCAAUAUCAACUCCUUUGGAUCCAAUUCUUCUAAGUCUAACUAUUAUUAUUCUCAUAACAACAACAACUCCAAUUUCUUCUAUCUUUUUUGGUAUGGUGUUUACCUGUUUAUGACAAAUACCUGAGCCAAUCAUGUCAGAAGGUGCUGAGAUCGAUGAUCGUGUUGACCUCGAUGAGGAAAAUUAUAUGGAAGAGAUGGACGAUGAUGUUGAGGAACAGAUAGAUGACGAUGGAGUGGAUGGAGGCGAAGAUGAAAAUGCUGAAGGUAGUGUUGAAGAACACGAAUAUGAGGAGACAGCAGCAGAGGCUGGUCAGAAAGACCAAUUUCCCGAAGGAGAAAAAAGUGACCACGGCGCUGAAGAAGAUGAGCUUAAACCAGCUCUCAUUGAUGAAGAGGAGAGAGAGAAGCAUGAUGAACUUCUUUCCCGUCCUCCUCAUGGGUCUGAAGUCUUUAUUGGCGGACUUCCUCGGGAUACAUCUGACGAUGAUGUCAGGGAAUUGUGUGAGCCCAUGGGUGAUAUUGUUGAGAUUAAAUUAAUCAAAGACAGGGAGACUGGAGAAAGCAAGGGUUAUGCUUUCGUGGGUUAUAAAACAAAGGAGGUGGCACAGAAGGCCAUCGAUGAUAUACAUAACAAGGAAUUUAAGGGAAAAACUUUGAGGUGUUUGCUGUCUGAAACCAAACACAGGUUAUUCAUUGGUAACAUUCCAAAAACAUGGACAGAGGAUGAGUUUAGGAAAGCCGUUGAGGGUGUUGGUCCCGGAGUUGAAAGCAUUGAUCUCAUAAAGGACCCUCAAAAUCAAAGCAGAAAUCGUGGUUUUGCUUUUGUUUUGUAUUACAACAAUGCAUGUGCUGAUUUUUCGCGACAAAAGAUGUCAAGUGUGGGUUUCAAGCUAGACGGUAUCACACCCACUGUCACAUGGGCUGACCCAAAGACCUCACCUGACCAGUCUGCUGCUGCUUCACAGGUUAAAGCUCUAUAUGUGAAAAACAUACCUGAGAAUGUUACUACUGAACAACUAAAGGAGCUAUUUCGUCGUCAUGGGGAAGUAACGAAAGUGGUCAUGCCACCUGGCAAAGCUUCAGGGAAACGUGAUUUUGGUUUCAUUCAUUAUGCAGAGAGGUCAAGUGCAUUGAAAGCUGUAAAAGAGACGGAGAAAUAUGAAAUUGAUGGCCAAGCUCUUGAAGUUGUUAUUGCGAAGCCUCAGGCUGAAAAAAAACCUGAUGGCGGCUACGCGUACAAUCCUGGACUCCAUCCUAACCAUCUUCCACAUCCUGGUUAUGGUAACUUCUCUGGAAAUCUUUAUGGCUCUGUAGGGGCUGGAUAUGGUGUUGCUGCUGCUGCUGCUUAUCAACAGCCAAUGAUAUAUGGUAGGGGUCCAAUGCCAGCAGGAAUGCAGAUGGUUCCAAUGGUUUUACCAGAUGGUCGAAUUGGCUAUGUCCUUCAACAGCCUGGUGUACAGGUGCCAGGUCCCCGACCCCGUAGAAAUGACCGGGGAAAUGGUCCAGGCGGGCGUGGAGGAGGCGGUGGUAAUGAUGAUGGAAAUCGUAAUAGAAGGUAUCGACCCUAUUAGUGGUAGGAGGUAAAUGCAAUGUGGCUCUUCACAUCUGGUUGUCUUCUUGGUGGUGUAGGGGGCCUUGAGGGGUGAUCUGAUGCAUUGACAGAAAAUCCUUUCUCAAUCCUGAACUGAGAAAAAGGGAAAAAGAAAAAAAAAAUAUGAAGAAAAUGUUAAGGUAGGAUUAGGACCAGGACCAGUGAUAUUUCUAUUAAAUUAUAGCUGAGUAAUUGCCCAACUUUUUCUUCUUGUAAUGCUUGGCAUUUUUUAUUGACUACCAGUAGAAAAUUGUGUUAAUUUGGUUUCAGCAACUUUACCAUGUUUUUGUUGCUCAUUUUUCGUGCACUACUCAAAAGCCGUUGACUUUUUGUUGUCGCAUGUAAACCGUUUGUGAUCUUAAUAUAUCAGCACUUUGGCAAUGUUGA